AUGAGCUCUAUAGACGGGAUGGCCAACGUGGUUUUGGCGCCUGUUGCUGACGCCUCGGUGUCGGUUCUGUCCUCCGCUGUGGCCACUGCUGGCGAGGUUGCAGCUAAUCAUGGCUCUACCUCCUGGAUAGGCCUCUUUGCGAGGCUAAUCUUGGCCAUCCUUCACCUGGUGUCGACCAUCUUGUACUUUACGAUUAAGUUGACCACCUUCUCGAUCCCGACCAUUCUUUUCACUUUGUUCUCCACAACACUGACGGUGACAAUGAACGCAACUACCUUGAUGCUUAUUGUGUUUGCCAUCUUCUCUGGAGUGAGCUGGUUUGUACGGUAUCGCUACCUUAACGUGUAUGCCCGCCUUCCACCGGAGCCGCAGAGGAAAGAACCGGAUGUGGACCUGUUUCCAGACACCCAUGAUGAAGGGAUCAAAUCAGGCCUUUCUAGCUAUCUUGACGAAUUUUUGAGUGCCAUCAAGAUUUUCGGAUACCUAGAACGGCCGGUCUUUCACGAGCUCACCAGAAGCAUGAUGACAAGGAAGCUGAUCGCCGGCGAGACGUUAAACCUUGAGGAAGAAAAGGGAUUCUGCAUUGUGGUUGACGGCCUUGUUGAGAUUUUUGUGAAAUCGUCUCGGCCAGGCAAUAGUCGUCAACAUUCAGGACAGUCACGGCGCGGAGUGUCUCUCGAAACUGCGUCUAGCGACGACGAGAGCUCUUCCCCUGCACAACAGCGGUACCAGCUCUUGACUGAGGUUCGAAAUGGUGCUCCCAUGUCGUCGCUCUUUUCCUUGAUGUCUCUUUUCACCGAGGAUAUCGACCUUCGGCAAUCCGAGGAUGACACUACACACGACGUUUCGGAUGCUCGGAAUAAUUCCAUGCGGUAUCCGGCUAGUGCUGGCUUAGGGUUGUCGCAAGAUCCGCGGACUGCAUUCUCACAAAUGCCACUUGUGGAUGAGCCUUCCGAAAACGUCAGGCCUUCCGAGCCCACGGCUGGCUCGAAUUUACCGCCAGUCCCGCAUAUGAACUUGGACUCCCCUCCACAUAUACGGAGGCCGGGGCUGAAACGCACGGCUACGAGCUCGGUGCACCCUGACAUCAUUGCCCGGGCCACGGUUGACACCACAAUUGCAAUCAUUCCGGCCAGUGCCUUUCGGCGGCUCAUUCGCGUGUACCCCAAAGCCACCGCUCAUAUUGUUCAUGUUAUUCUGUCGCGUUUUCAGCGGGUCACGUUGGCGACAGCGUACAGCUACUUGGGUCUUUCUGGAGAAGUGAUGCAAACAGAGAAGAACAUGAUCAAGUACAGCAUGUGCCAGCUGCCCAACUUUCUGCGAGGAGAUGCCUUGGAUCGGCUAAAGGAGAAAUUUGAACGUGAGCGGGAGCGAAUUGGAGAAGAUGAAGUCGGGAAAGGGAUUGCCCUCCACAACCCGGCUUCUUCGCGACCGAAACGGUCAUCCACUACAAUGCGAAAAGAAGCUGCUCUGCACUCUUUAGCGAGGCAGCGGCCUGAGUCGAUGUCCAAGGCAGCCGGCGCGUUUGCAAAGGAUCGGAGGCCUACAUCUGACAAUGCUGGAGACUUUGCGAACAUGCAGACGACACCUGGCAAUGGCAAAAGUGUCAAACCAUCAUCAAAGGCGGCUGCACAGUUUGGUUUCAGUCCGAUGUUCUCGAAUAACAUGACUACGCCUCCUCGAGCCCAGAGACCAGUCCAUCCAUUUGUAACGCCGAAGCACACCCGCAUGUCAAUGGAUGGGAGGGAAGAACUAGACGAAGAUAACAUUUUUCGCGAGUCGGUGCUUGAAUGCAUGUUCAAGGCAAUUGGUCUCAAUUCUACGUCCGCAACACCGCGGGAGGUUGAGUCUACUGAGGCUUCGCCCCGACUCGUUUCGUAUGACAGCAUGCGUCAGAAAGCUGUCUUCAGCAACAAUGCAUUUGGCUUCAUGGACCCAUUCAAUGGGUCUGCAGAUGGUGAUGCAGAGUCUAUGACGUCAGGCGGUAUGGCAGGCAGCCCUCCGAGCGUUCAGAGUGUUGCCCGCGAUAUGGUUGGAGAGGUCGAAAUUGUAUUUUUCCCAAAAGGCUCGGUGCUGGUUGAGCAGGGUGAACGCAACCCAGGCCUCUACUAUGUUAUCGACGGAUUUCUGGAUAUCUGCAUCCCGGAGCGUGACGCAUCGUCCCUGAGCAUUUUUGACGCAUCUCAUAGCAAGGGACCGUCGGCGACAGCAACACCGCUGAUGGAUGAUCCGUUCAACAAUACGUUCGCGACUCCGAAGACACCGCAGAACGACGAGCCGAAAGGUUCGAGUGCUGGCGACGACGGGAAGAAGGGAGGCCGAGCGAGACGAAGUGUGGCUCUGAUAAAACCGGGCGGCCUGGCGGGAUACAUUGGCACGGUGUCGUCGUACCGGUCGUUUAUCGACGUGGUGGCGAAAACGGAUGUGUACGUGGGAUUCCUGCCUCGCACGUCACUGGAACGGAUCGUCGACCGAUAUCCGAUCGUGCUGUUGACGAUGGCAAAGCGGCUGACGCAUAUCUUGCCGCGGUUGAUUCUGCACAUCGACUUUGCGCUCGAGUGGCUUCAGGUCAGCGCCGGGCAGGUAAUCUUUCACCGAAAUGAAGAAAGCGAGGCUAUCUAUAUUGUGCUGAACGGCCGGCUGCGGCUGGUGGACGAGCGAAAGGAUGGAGGGAUGGCCGUUCUGGCAGAGUACGGACAGGGCGACAGUGUUGGUGAGCUAGAGGUGCUCACGGAGACGGCUCGAUCGGGAACGCUCCAUGCCAUCCGUGACACAGAGCUCGUCAAGUUCCCGCGUACGCUCUUCAACAGUUUGGCGCAAGAGCAUCCGAACAUCACGAUCAAAAUCUCCAAGAUCAUAGCGUCCCGGAUGAGGAACCUCAUGGACAACCCGGCAGCCACUCUGUCGCGGGAUGGGUCGGUCAUAACGACGACGGUGGGAAAGAGCGCAUCGUCGACAGAGAACCUGAGGACUGUGGCGAUUUUGCCCGUGACAGCCGGUGUCCCGGUUGUGGAGUUUGGAAACAAGCUGAUGAGUGCGCUGAGCCAAGUCGGAACGCCAAACGGGGCGACGUCACUGAACCAAGCAGCGAUUAUGAGCCACCUUGGGCGGCAUGCUUUCAACCGGAUGGGCAAGCUAAAGCUGUCGCAAUUUCUAGCAGACCUUGAGGAGAAGUACAGUCUCGUUGUCUAUGUCGCUGAUACGAAUGUAAACUCGCCUUGGACCCAGACGUGUAUCACGCAGGCAGACGCUAUUUUGCUUGUCGGCCUUGCAGAGGACUCGCCUGUAAUCGGCGAGUACGAGCGAUUCAUGCUGGGGAUGAAGUCGACUGCGCGAAAGGUUCUCGUUCUCUUGCACCCAGAGCGAUACUCGUCUUCCGGCCUCACUCGAGCGUGGCUGAAGAACCGGGUGUGGAUCAAUGGCGGGCAUUUCCAUGUGCAGAUGGCAUUCCGGUCGGAGUCGGUGCCAAUACACCAAGCACCGAAACGAUUUGGUCCCAGCCUGAAGGAGAGGGUGCAGAUCUUGCAAGCGGAAAUUCAAAAGUACACGUCGCGCAAGGUCCGACAUGGUCCUUUCUAUUCGCCAGAUGCGCCACACAAAGGCGACUUUCAGCGACUUGCACGGCGAUUGUGCGGCAAGUCGAUAGGGCUCGUUCUCGGCGGUGGCGGAGCGCGUGGUCUUGCACAGGUUGGUAUCAUCCGGGCGAUGGAGGAAGCAGGAAUUCCGAUCGACCUGAUCGGCGGCACGUCCAUUGGGGCAUUUAUUGGGGGGCUGUAUGCGCGACACGCGGAUGUGGUGCCAAUCUUUGGGCUGUCCAAGAAGUUUGCAGGCCGGAUGGCGAGUAUCUGGCGAUUCGCUCUGGACUUGACAUAUCCGUCAGCGUCUUACACGACCGGACACGAAUUCAACCGGGGCAUCUUCAAGACGUUUGGCAAGACACAGAUCGAGGACUUCUGGCUGGAAUUCUACUGCAACACGACAAACAUCAGCAAGAGCCGGAUGGAAGUGCACACGAGCGGAUAUGCAUGGCGGUAUGUGCGGGCAUCGAUGUCGCUGGCAGGCCUUGUGCCGCCGCUUUGCGACGAGGGCAGCAUGCUGCUGGACGGGGGCUAUGUGGACAACCUGACGGUGUCGCAUAUGAAGUCGCUAGGGGCGGACGUGAUUUUUGCGGUAGACGUGGGGGCGCUGGACGAUUCGACGCCACAGGCCUUUGGCGACACGUUGUCGGGGUUUUGGGCGUUUGUCAACCGGUGGAACCCGCUGUCUUCGACGCCGAACCCACCGACGCUGGCGGAGAUCCAGGCGCGGCUCGCAUACGUGUCGAGCGUGGAUGCGCUGGAGCGGGCCAAGAUGAUGCCGGGCUGCUUCUACAUGCGGCCACCGAUUGACGACUAUGGGACGCUCGAGUUUGCCAAGUUUGACGAGAUUGUCCAGGUGGGAUAUCGGUUUGGGCAGGAGUUUUUGCAGAAGCUGGGGAACGAAGGGCGUUUGCCGCUGAUGGUGGAGACGGAGGCGAAGAAGGCGUUGCGGCGCACAACAGCGCCUCGGCGGGCAAGCAUCUGA